CACUCCACCACCUCGCCGCCGCCUCCCACCAUGUACGGCGGCGGCGGCGGCGGCGGCGGCGGCUUCAACGCGCCCUCCACGGCGUCCGGCCGGCGGCGCAAUCAGGAGGACGAGGACGAGGAGGAGGAGGAGGAGGCCGGCGAGGGGCGGGUCCUCGAGGCCUGGGAGCGCGCGUACGCGGACGACCGGUCGUGGGAGGCGCUGCAGGAGGACGAGUCGGGCCUCCUCCGCCCGAUCGACACCAAGGCCCUCGUCCACUCCCAGUACCGCCGCCGCCUCCUCCUCCGCUCCUCUGCCUCGGCGGCGGCCCGCAUCCAGAAGGGCCUCAUCCGCUACCUCUACAUCGUCAUCGAUCUCUCCCGGGCAGCUUCAGAGAUGGAUUAUCGACCUAGUCGAAUGGCUGUUGUUGCAAAAUACGCUGAAGUGUUCAUAAGGGAAUUCUUUGACCAGAACCCCUUGAGCCAUGUGGGGAUAGUGACGAUUAAAGAUGGCAUUUCCAAUCGACUUACGGAGAUUGGAGGUAGUCCAGAGUCACAAAUUAAAGCAUUGAUGGGGAAGCUUGAGUGUUCUGGUGAUUCAUCUCUGCAGAACGCUCUAGAGCUUAUCCAUGGUUAUUUAGACCAAGUUCCUUCAUAUGGUCACAAGGAAGUAUUAAUAUUGUACUCUGCACUAAAUACUUGUGAUCCUGGAGAUAUCAUGGAGACAAUAGGGAAAUGCAAGAAAUCCAAAAUUCGAUGCUCGGUUAUUGGGCUUGCUGCAGAGAUUUUUAUUUGCAAAUAUCUCUGUGAAGAGACUGGUGGAUCCUACACAGUUGCACUGGAUGAGUCCCAUCUCAAGGAACUGCUGCUGGAACAUGCUCCUCCACCACCUGCAAUUGCAGAGUAUGCUGCAGCUAAUUUGAUUAAGAUGGGUUUUCCACAGAGGGGAGCAGAGGAUCUUAUUUCCAUUUGCUCUUGUCACAAGAAAAUAAAAUCUGGGGCUGAAGGUUACAUAUGUCCUAGAUGCAAAGUUAAUGUAUGUGAGCUUCCAACGGAGUGCCGAACUUGUGGUUUAACACUAGUUAGCUCUCCACAUCUAGCAAGGUCCUAUCAUCAUCUCUUCCCGGUACAACCAUUUGAUGAGGUGUCCUCCAUGCACCCAAAUAAACUAGGUCAAAAGGGAGGACAAAAGUGUUACAGCUGUCAGCAGAGCUUUAUUAACCCUGAUAGUCACUCUAGCCUCCAUGUUCGCUGUCCAAAAUGCAACCAACACUUCUGCCUUGAUUGUGAUAUUUACAUCCACGAGAGCUUGCACAAUUGCCCAGGUUGCGAGAGCCAGCGUAGUUCUUCAUAGGGAUGCCAUUGUGGUGUUAGUCUUUUUCUUUUAACUCAAGAAGCUGUCCUUUACUGUAAGCUUUCUAGUACACUGGCAUUGGUGGGCGAUGUUGUGUGAUAACCAAACAGUGUACAGAUGAUAUAGUGCCCGGCCUCCAUUUUGUUGACGCCUCCUGUUCGUUUAGAUGGAGUAGCUAGUUAAGCUAUUUUGAUACAGAGCACUGGUCAAGGAGUUGAAGUCAUAUAGCAUUGUUGCUGAGGAGAGGUGUUAGAAAUGUACAAUUUGACUGAAAACCUGUAAGCUCUUGCCGUUUUUCUGAGGCAAGAUGUAUUUUUUCGGUGUCA